UAGCCCCCGCCCACGGAGCCUGCACAGCACCAGGAAACCUGAGCCUCGGGGAAGCCCAACCUACCCCCAGCCUGCCCAGCUCCCGGCCACACCAGCUCUGGGCCACACAGCCACCUGCACUCUUCUUCCCCGGGCACGCCUGUGCCUCCCCUCGAGAGAUGAUGCAGAACAAGGUGGACGUGCGGGGGGCCCCCCUGAGCACGGCUCCUGCGACGACCACGGUGAUCAACGUCCCGGUGGAGACGGUCGUGCCCGACCACGUCGUCUGGUCCCUGUUCAACACCAUCUUCCUGAACUGGUUCUGCCUGGGCUUCGUGGCCUUCGUCUACUCCGUGAAGGCCAGGGACCGGAAGAUGGUGGGCGACCUGACCGGGGCGCAGAGCUUCGCCUCCACCGCCAGGUGCCUCAACAUCUGGGCGCUGGUCCUGGGCCUCCUCCUGACCAUCAUAUCCAUUGUCCUUCUGGGCAUGGCCUAUGCCGCGGCCUACGGGGCCCUGUUACAGGCCAUGCAGGAGAGCGGCCGCUACCACUAGGAGCCCCCGCAGGACGCCCUGGGCCCCUCCUCGCCCGCCGGCUGCGCCCGAGCGCCCAGCCCUCUGCUCCGGGUGCACAGACUGGCCUGUAUGCAGCCGACUUCAAUAAAGUGCCAUGUGUGUGA